UUACCUGGCGCUGGUGGUCAAUAAUAAACGUGUUUUCACUGAUGCUGUGUGUGUACUGUAUGGACCUAGAAACUGUCCCUCCAUCUUCUGCGACCACAACAGGGUCCCACCACCACCACCACCAUCAUCAUCAUCCUCAUCAUCAUCACCCUCAUCACCAUCACCCCAGAAACUGCACAUCCCGCCCGUCGUGAACCAGCUGAGGAAGCAGCACCGCCCGGCUGAGCUGCAGCUGUCCGCCCGGCGCAUGGAAGCUCCAGGACAAUGGCAGAGGAUGUGGGGAUCCCUCUGUCGUGUACCAACAACAGGUCGCGUGGAUAAUCCCCUCCACUUCUCCCCCGUGUCAUCGCAUGUUUUGGAUGAUUAGAGCGCGGCUGUCGGCCUGAUGUGGCAAGAGAACCGUGCGGGGCUUCUCGUCCAGGCUGUCGUUUGAGGAGGAUAACGGCGUGGAGGAGGAGGAGCAGGUGUCGUGUAGCUGGGGGCUCAGCAGGAUGGAAAUAGAUUCCCGUUUUCGUUACUACUUUCAGCACCCAUGGUCGCGUCUUAUCGUGGCCUACCUCGUCACCUUCUUCAACUUCCUCAUCUUUGCCGAGGAUCCCGUCUCUCACAGUCAGACGGAGGCCCAUAUGAUUGUGGUGGGCAACUGCUUCUCUCUGCUGUUUAACAAGUACCCGGGCCUCAAAUGGAACAUCCUGAAAGUAAUAUGCUGGAUCCUGGCCAUCAUCACUGGCAUGUUAGCCGGGAAGUUUAUAUUCCACCGUCAGCUCUUUGGUCGAUACCUGCGCCUGAAAAUGUUCCGCGAGGAUCAUGGCUCCUGGAUGACCAUGUUCUUCAGCACCAUCAUCUUCCUCUUCAUCUUCUCACACAUCUACAACCUUUUUCUGCUGAUGGCCGGCAGCAUGGGGCCUCACAUGGUGACAGAGUACAUGGUCAUCAGGAAUGAGAGUUUUAUGAAGAUCGCAGCAGUGGGGACAUGGAUGGGAGACUUUGUCACUGCUUGGAUGGUGACAGAUAUGAUGCUCCAGGAUGAGCACUAUCCAGACUGGGGCAAAGCUGCCAGAAGAUUCUGGAAACAAGGAAAACGCAGGAUCUUUCUCUUCUGGUCAGUGCUAAUCUUUCUGACGUCAGUGGUGCUUCUGGUCCUCAGUACCGACUGGAUCAGCUGGGACAACCUGAACCGUGGUUUCCUGCCCAGCGAUGAGGUCUCCAGAGCCUUUCUGGCCUCUUUUAUCUUGGUCUUCGACCUUCUCAUUGUCAUGCAGGACUGGGAGUUUCCUCAGUUCAUGGGUGAUCUAGAUAUGAAUUUACCAGGGAUGUCAACAACACAUGUGAAGGUCAAGCUCCCUGUCUGCAAGGGAAUCUUCAAAGAUGAGUACCACAUUCAUAUCACAGGUAAGUGGUUCAACUACGGCAUCAUCUUCCUCGUGCUGAUUUUGGACCUCAACAUGUGGAAGAACCAGAUCUUCUACAAACCCUACGAAUAUGGCCAGUACGUUGGGCCCGGUGAGAAGAUCUACAUCGUGGAGGAACCGGAGACACUCAGCGACUUCAACCGCAGCACGCUCACCUACGAGUGGCGCUCCACCAACAUCAAUCCCGUCACCAACCUGAGCUACGUGGAGCAGGACGUGGUCCUCCACAGCCGUUACACUGGAGCCAGCAUGGACAUCAAGUGCCUGGCGUUCAUCCCGAGUGUGGGGGCUUUUGUCCUUUUCGGGUUCUUCGUCUGGCUGUUUGGGCGCUUUCAGGAUAGCGAGUCGUUCACAGAAAAUCCAGACAAAACAUAUGAAAGAAUAAAGAGGAAGUCGCCCUCAGAGUACAGUAAGGAGAUGGGCGCGACACCGGAGGAAACACACGUGUCGAUGAGCGAGACCCUGAAGCCAACGGGAACGCCCAUGCUCCUGUCAGUGGACGGGCCACAUUUCAGAGCAUCUCCCUCCUCAAACUCCACUUAUUCCAUGGAAACCCAAGAGACACAUCCGAGCAUUGUGAUCGACAACGCAGAGCAGGAGGAACCAGCGGUCUCUUUUGAUGUCCACAAACCCUCUCCGUGACCUCAUGAUCUCAUGAGACUUUGAACUGUGAGACUGCAGACAGCCACGCCAGAAGAUCGAUAUGCUUUUCUCUGGAUCAGACCAAACUGUUGCAGGAAGACGUUCGAUCCAGCGCGUUAUGAGAUUCAAAUGAAGGACAAAGUGAUAUUGACCAAGCUAAUGUGACGGCUGCCGCAGUUGUAUUCACACAUUUUUGUAAACAAAAACCUUUUUAAAAAGCCCCGGAAAGUGGCACCGAUUUCCACAACGAACACGUCUUUGAAAACAGAAUGCAAACACACCAUCAUCAUCAUCAUCAUCAUCAUCAUCGAUAAGGUGCUCGCUCCGAUUUAGCAUUUUCCAUAACUCUACUCGUCAUGGCUGAUGAUUUUGGUCGGUGCUUAUAUCACGGGAGUAUUUCUGCAGAAUCCUACCACUGUAACAACUACAGUAGUGCCUUGAUAUUUCAUAUAUUGAGAUACUAACAGAAACGACUGUCUUUACCACUAUAGAAAACCAACCAGAAGAUGUCAUUGUUGUGGCGUGCUAUGUUAAUGUUCUAUAUAUGCUUUCAUGUACGGACAAUUGUUACCUCUUUGUGUCGCCGGGCUUCUAAUUUUCAGCCACCUCCUGAUUGCUUAUGCGGCUGCUGCACCUCAUAGCCUGAAUACCAACAGAGUGUGAGCUAAGGUGGUUCUGCCCUUGGCAUAAACACGUGACCUGAAGUGCGGGGAGAAGCUUCAUGCUCCAGAACUCUGGGCUUCUCUUUGUCUAAAACGGUCCUUGAAGGUUUUAGAAACUGUUGUAAAUGCAUGAAAACAUUUAUUUAAAAGAUCCUACUGUAAAAGAAAAAAAAAAAAAAUAAUAAUAUCAAACACAGCUGAAAACCUGAAGCUCUUAUCUUUCCUCUGGCUUUGACCACUGCCCUUUAAAAAUAUUGUAUAAAUAUGGAAUGCAGUUUCUUAACAAUACAAAUACUUUGGUCCAAAAAGGUGUUCCAAGUGAUUUUUGAUUUUACUUUAAGUACAAACUAAACGAUUACCAAGUGUAUUGUGUACAAAGGAAUACAUAUAUAUACGUAACCAAAGAUGCCAAAUAAGACUUUUCUUAAACGUAUGCAUUAGAAACUACACUAAUUGUAUCCUUUUAUCGAAAAUCUACUCAUGGACACACUACUCUGCUCACAGUAUGUAUAUGCUAGUCAAAGUGAAUUGAUAUAUAUAUGCUAUUGCAUCGCUCUGCAUUAUAAUACAUUAUUCUUUAACAUCUUUCAGAAAACGACGUAUCUACUGAAGAAAGUUUAGGUUUUCCUCCUUUGAUGCACAAGUUUCCCUUACAAACGAUGAUGUACUCACGAUGAUGCAGUACAGACCUCUGCAGGGCUUCAUUAAUAUCAGUCAAUAAACCUGAUGAGUCUUAAAACUCAGACAUUACGCUGUAUUAAUAAUCUCUUAUUUCAUUUGUUUAUGAUCCAUUUUUCAUGUCCAUAAGUGAUAAAUGAACAACAACGGAAAUGUUUUAUCUGCUGCUGAAACCUUUACAGUUUUCCAUUUAGUGAUGACUGAACCACUGAUGGAUGGUGAACAACACAAAUGGUUGAAAGGGUGUGAACCUAAGUUCCAAAGUAAUAGAGGCUUUAGCCCAAAUAAGCGGCUCUUUGGGCGCGAUUGACUUCACUUGAGAGGAGAAACGGCGCUCGUGUCUUUAAUUAACGAGACGUUUCUUCAAUUGAGGCCGUCACUAAAUGGAAGUGGUACGCGUUAUCAUAAUAAAUUGCUUUUGAAAAUGGAACCGAUUCGUUAAUUGGUUAUCACUGUUCUAGUUGUGAUCAGUUCUCUGUGUGUGUUCAUUAUGGCGGGGGGGGGGAGGCAAAAGACACUUAAUAGUGCAUGAUGUGUGUGAGUGUGUGUUUUUUUUCCUCUUUGUACUCUUUGCACUGGAGGCUUGUGAAGUGUUUACUAUACUUUGAUCCUGUUAAAGGCAAAUCUGUGAAGAGGUCACUUCAUUUUAUUAUAAUUGUUUUCCAGCUCUGGGUUCUGUGAUUUUCCUUUUGCGUUACAUCACAGCUCUGUGAAGACUUUGUGUUUGACCAAAGGGCAGAACCUCGUCGGACCUCAUGGGAGUCCAAUAUGUUUUAUUUAAUGUAUUUGUGUUUAGAAUAAAAGUGAGUGCGUUUCUCUG